UCAGAUGUCUACUUAUAAACGGGCCACGCUGGAGGAAGAGGAGCUGUUGGACACCGGUUCUGAUGGGAUCUACCACACCUCUAGCAUGCAGGUUGGUGUACAGCGUGGUCUGGGUCUCAGAUGCUGGGCAGAAAAAACCCACUCCGAGAGAAAACUUGUGGUCCUUGUGUGCGCUCUUUCUGUGGCUCUGUUCAUCUGCAUCAUGUCUUUGGGUCUGCACUAUAAAGAAUCUCAUCCAGGUCUGUGCCUGUCGGAGCCAUGUGUGAGUGUAGCCAGUGCAGUUCUGGGGUCUCUCGACCGGUCGGUGGACCCCUGCCAGGACUUUUAUAACUUCGCAUGUGGAGGCUGGAUGAGGAAAAACCCCCUGCCUGAGGGCAAGUCCCGCUGGGGGCCUUUCAGCAACCUGUGGGAACAUAACAUGGCUGUCAUGAAGAACUUGCUAGAGAACACCAGCAUGAAAAGCUUGAGCAGAGCAGAGCAGAAAGCCCAGUGGUAUUACCAAGCCUGCAUGAACGAGAGCAAAAUUGAAGAGCUUGGAGCAAAACCACUCCAGGACCUCAUCAAUCAGACGGGAGGCUGGGGCUUGAAAGGCCCGUGGGAGAAGGAUAACUUCCAGGAGGUUUUACGGAUUGUGUCAGCCAACUUCCGAACCUCUCCCUUUUUCACUGUUUUUGUCAGCACAGACUCAAAAAGCUCCAACAGCAACAUCAUACAGGUGGAUCAGUCAGGAUUGGGACUCCCCUCUAGGGAAUACUAUCUCAAUAAGACCGCCAAUGAAAAGUAUUUAAAUGCUUACUUGAACUUUUUGGUGGAACUUGGAGUCCUCUUGGGCGGCUCACAGGACACCUCGCAGAAAAUGAUGGAGGAGAUCAUCGAGUUUGAAACCACCCUGGCAAACAUUACUGUGCCUCAGGUGGAGCGACGGGAUGAGGAGAAAAUAUAUUAUAAAAUCCAAGCCAAAGAGUUGGCGACAUUGGCUCCUGCCAUAGACUGGAUGCCUUUCCUGUCUUCUGUUUUUGCCCCGGUUGAACUAAAUGAUUCUGAACCUGUGGUCGUAUACGCUAAAGAAUACCUCCAGAAAGUCUCCGAGCUCAUCAGCAACACAAACAAAAGUGUCUUAAACAACUACAUGAUCAUGAAAGUGGUGCGGAAAAUGGUGUCCAUCUUAGACCAGAAGUUCCAGGAUGCAGAGCAGCGUUUCCUUGAAGUCAUGUACGGCACCAAGAAGAGCUGCAUGCCACGCUGGAAACUUUGCGUCAGCGACACGGACAGCGCUCUGGGCUUUGCUCUCGGGGCGCUCUUUGUCAAAGCUACUUUUUCCGAAGACAGCAAAGCUUUUGUUGAAGAUAUGGUCUCCGAGAUCAAAUGGGCCUUUGAAGACAGCUUGAAGACUGUCAGCUGGAUGGAUCCCGAGACAAAAAAAGCAGCCAAAGAAAAGGCUGAUGCAAUAUACAACAUGGUGGGUUAUCCAAAAUUUAUUAUGAACCCCAAAGAGCUGGACAAGGUGUUUAAUGAUUUUGAUGUUGUUUCAGAUCUCUACUUUCAAAAUGUCAUGAAUUAUUACAACUUCUCUGCACGAGUGACUGCUGACCAGCUGAGAAAAGCCCCCAACAGAGAUCAAUGGAGUAUGACUCCACCUACUGUCAAUGCCUACUACAACCCGACAAAGAAUGAGAUGGUUCUUCCUGCAGGCAUUUUCCAGGCUCCCUUUUACAACCACGCUUGGCCAAAAGCCAUGAAUUUCGGUGGGAUAGGUGUGGUUAUGGGGCACGAACUCACCCAUGCUUUUGAUGAUCAAGGACGCAAAUAUGACAAGGAUGGAAAUCUUGCAAAAUGGUGGCAAAAUUCGUCAGUGGAAGCUUUUCAACACCAGACCCAGUGCAUGGUGGAGCAAUACAGCAACUACAGUAUUAACAAUGAACCCCUGAAUGGAAAACACACUUUGGGAGAAAACAUCGCUGACAACGGAGGCCUGAAUGCGGCUUACAAGGCUUAUGUAAACUGGAUCAAGAAGAACGGCGAGGAGGCCAGUCUGCCUGCCCUUGGGAUGAACAACCAUCAACUGUUUUUUGUGGGAUUUGCUCAGGUGUGGUGCUCUGUACGGACUCCUGAAAGCUCUCACGAGGGCGUCAUCACUGACCCUCACAGUCCUUCACGCUUCCGGGUCAUCGGCACCAUCUCCAAUUCUCACGAAUUCUCUGAGCACUUCGGCUGUAAGGCAGAUUCACCCAUGAACCCUAAACGCAAGUGUGAGCUUUGGUGACAGUGAGAUUGAACCUGGAGCAGUUACCCUGCAAAAAAUAUGCCAAACGUCUGUCUCAGGUUACCUCAUAUUGACUGCCAGGUCACUGACAGUGGACUUAUUUUCCCGCCUCUUAAUGGGAAGCUGGUGUAAAUAGAGACUCCAUGGACAUCUAUAUAAUGGAGUUUUAUUCUUCUCGAAACACUGGAAGUUAGUGCUAUAAUGUAAUAGGAAGGAAUUGUGCUUUUUGCUGGUGUUUUCUUUGAAUACAUGCCUUUUAUAAGCAAA